AUCGAAUUGGAAUCUCUCUCACACUUGUCAUGUUCCUGUCCCCUUUUUUAACCACAAUACCCUCUCCUUUCAAAUAAGCAUAACAAUAAUAGUGAAAAAAAAAAACCCCAAAGAAAAAAUAAUAAUAACAAUAAUAAUAAAAUGACAAUAAAAAGCCCAGAAGAGUGUUUCCUCUUCUCUCCCACUCAAUCACUGUGUCUCCAAGGUCACAUUUUGAGGCUUUGGAUUUGUGGUAUCGCCUCUUGUGAAAACCAGGGGGGUUUUUUUUGCAGAUAAGGCCCUGAGGUUUUAAAGAUUCAGGAAUUCAAGGAGCUUACACUAGAGUGGGAGGUUAAGAACAAAUAAAGAAAGAAAGAAAGAAAGAAAAAGAGUGGAGGCUUUUUCUCUGUUCCCUAACAGAGCCUUUUGCUUUUGGGUUCAUUGUUUCUUCUGUUGCGACUUGUGAGUUACAUCUUAGGAGAAGUGGUAUGGAGGAAGGAGUGUUUAAAAGAAGAGGAGGAGAUCAUUGUCCUCAGUUGCUUGAUCUGAUCCCAAAUGAUCCAUUAUGGAGGGUGAGAGAUGAUGGAGGAGGAGGAAGGUGCAAAUUUGCAGCUUUAGGAGGGAAAGAUCUAGAAUUAAAACUUGGUCCUCCUGGAGGAGGAGGAGGAGCAAAAGUAACUGGCUAUUUCUCUAAGCAUUCCACCAACACCACAGCUCUUUGCUCUGGAGCAAAAAGGGGGUUCCCAUACACAGCUGGGAUUAAACAAGAAGGGCAGCAGCAGGCUGGGGAAGCAGCUGCAGCCAACAGCAGUUCCCAGACAAGAAGCAGAACUGCUUCUGCACCAGUUGUUGGUUGGCCGCCGAUUCGAUCCUUCAGAAAAAAUCUCACGAGUAGCUCAUCAAAGCCAACUCUAGAACCGCAAACCUUCGAAGCGGAAGCAAAACAAAAGCUUAAUUGCAGUAACGGUUUGUUUGUUAAGAUCAACAUGGAUGGGGUCCCCAUUGGAAGGAAGGUAGAUCUCAAGGCCUAUGACAACUAUGAAAAGCUCUCUUUAGCUGUCGAAGAGCUUUUUCGCGGCCUUCUCGAAGCUCAAAAGGAUCCUUCUACUGCUGAAAGCAAGAAACAUGGAAAAGAAGAAGAACAGAUGUUUUCAGGUUUGAUAGAUGGGACUGGUGAAUACACACUAGUUUAUGAGGACAAUGAAGGGGAUAAAGUACUCGUUGGCGAUGUGCCGUGGGACAUGUUUGUUUCGACCGUUAAGAGGCUAAGGGUGCUGAAGAGUUCUAAGGUUUCUUUGCUGUCGUUGAGAACAGUUUGCAGGAGAAGCUGAAUAACAACAGAGUGAUUAUGUUGAAAGACAUAGCAUGAGGAUUCAACAACCUGGUUUGGAGAGAAUUAAUGUGUGAGAGUUUGAAUCUCUCACUCUUUGAAGUUUUAAUGGCAUUCUCUCCUCUUUUUUUUUACUUUUUUUCCUUCCACUGUUUGUAGAGAGAAACUUACUAAUGUAAUACAAAUUACCAGCAAUCUAAUUGCAAGUUAUUUAGUGGUUAAGUUCAUUUGUGAAUUAGCAUUAUUAUAUUUUUGUAA